AUGUUUCACUUUCUGAGGCAAUGUUUGGUGAAUGCAAAGUGGGAAAAAUUUAAAAAGAAACCUCACAGCAAGCAACUUAUAGAACGGAUGGCUACUAUUGUGGCCCAAUGGCUUCAACCUGAAAAAGAAGUAUUAUUCUCGUCCAUAAAAGCAUCAUUAAAUAAUAUCAAACAAAAAGUAUUGAAUCGGCUAAGGAACAAAUAUCCCGACCAUUUAAUAUUCUCCACGUCCGCCGAUAAAUUUUUAUAUUGGGAAAACAACAAUAUCGACAAUAAUUAUUGGAACAAAGCAGAAGGAAUCCAGAUCAUGGAUGCACUUCAGGAAUAUAUAUUUCAUGACUCUAACUUUCAACAAAUGACAUCAGAAGACAAAAAAUUGAAACACAGUUGUAUAGAUAAUUUACUACUAAAAAUCCUAGGUGUAUUUGAGGAUCCACCCUAUUACAAUAAUACUUUCAUGCAAACACCACGUGAAAUACGUAAUUAUAGAGAAUUCAUUCAUAAAAGGAGUAACCAAGAGAGUAUAGUUUACUCUGAUAUAGAAAGACAGAUAGAUAAAAUACCGAAAUUUGUGAUUGGAAUGAUCGUAGUACAUGAGUGUAAAGGUGAAUGUUAUGACACUAUCGUAGUACAUGAGUGUAAAAGUGGAUAUAUAUAUAAUGACACUAAUAAAACCAGUACUGCCGGUGUAAUAGUCGGAUGGUACAUUAAUAAACACAAAAUUACGUUUGUGAAAAAUGAAACAAUGUAUCCUCGUAUGCACUUCAACACUUGUUGUAAUUUGGGAGAUCCAGAUGACCUUAUACAUUACAUAAUUCUUACGGAAAAUAAUGAAAUGUGUUGCGUAAAUGAAGACGCCCUGACUCUGUCAUUUGCAUGGAUCGAAAAUAGUGAAAUAGGUCGAUAUUUUAACCAAUUCAAAUGCACGCAUUACGUGCCAAAUAAAAUGUUGGCAAAACUUUAUCCACAUGAUACCGCUAGAAUUGCCACCCGAUAUGGUAAAAAAAUGGCUACUUAUAAGCAGCAGUGCAUCACUAACAAAUAA